GAGGCUGUCCUUAGGCAGCUCUCCCCAUGCCGGGCAGUUCGCUGCAUCUGAAGGAGCUCGCUGGAGAACCUCCAACAGCGGAGCGGGCCUUCAACUACCAUUCCACCACCUGCUGAGAAGCAAAGCCUUUUGACCCUGGAGAGAAAAGGAAAGGGAGCCACCAUGCUGUGGAAAUUCACUCUCUUGCUCUUUUUUAUUCCAAUGGAGUCUCAACCGGAUCUGUGGAUGGAGUCCAACUACCCACAGGCUUCUUGGGAGAACAUCACACUUUGGUGCAGAAGCCCCUCUCAGACAUCAAGCAAGUUCCUGCUGCUGAAGGAUAAGACACAGAUUUCAUCGUUCUGCCCUUCCUAUAAGACCUUCCAGGCUUCGUUCUUCUUAGGUGUUCUCACUGAAUCCAAUACAGGUCUUUAUAGAUGCUGUUACUGGAAGGAGACAGGCUGGUCAAAGCCCAGUAAAAUUCUAAAGUUGGAAGAACCAGGCCAGCGGCCCAAGCCCAUCUUCUGGAUCCAGGCUGAGAGAUCCCCUCUUGCUGGGUGUAACGUUAACGCUCUCUGCCAUGGCUGGCUGCAGGAUUUGGUAUUCAUGCUGUUUAAAGAGGGGUAUGCAGAACCAGUGGAUUACCAAGUCCCAACCGGGACAGUGGCCAUAUUCUCCAUUGACAACAUGACACCUGAGAAGGAAGGGGCUUACCUCUGCCAUACUAACAUCCAGAUGCUCCCCACUCUGUGGUCAAAGCCCAGCAACCCCCUGAAGCUGGUUGUAGCAGGACUCUACCCCAAACCAACUCUAACAGCAUAUCCUGGGCCCAUCUUGGCACCUGGAGAAAGCCUGGAUCUCAGGUGCCAAGGGCCAAUCUAUGGAAUUACCUUUGCUUUAAUGAAGCUUGAAGACCUGGACAAGUCCUUUUACCAUAAGAAGCCAAUAAAAAACGAGGCACGUUUCUUCUUCCAGACUUUGACGAUCCAUGAUUCUGGACAUUACCUCUGUUUUUACUAUGAUGGAUCAUACAGGGGUUCACUCUUUAGUGAUAUCCUGAAAAUCUGGGUAACCGAUAAGCCUCCCAAACCCUUGCUGGCAGCUUGGCCCAGCACUGCGUUCAAGAGAGGAAAGGUCAUUACCCUUCAGUGCCGAGUAUCUCAUCCAGUACUUGAAUUUUCUCUGGAGUGGGAAGAAAGAGCAACAUUCCACAAAUUCUCAGUGGAUGGAGACUUCAUCAUCACUAAUGUUGAAGGGAAAAGCACAGGGACCUACAGUUGCAGCUACCGCACAGAGGCACUUCCUAACAUCUGGUCACAUCACAGUGAGCCUCUGAAGCUAAUGGGGCCAGCAGGUGUGCUCACCUGGAAUUACGUUCUGAAUGAAGCUUUCAGGUUGUCCCUAAUCAUACAGCUUGUUGCCCUGCUGUUGGUAUUGCUGUGGAUAAGGUAUAAAUGUUGGAGACUCAGAAUCAGAGAAGCCUGGUUGCUGGGAAUAGCUCAAAGGGUCACCAUGCUCUUCAUCGUCACAGCCCUUCUCUGCUGUGGACUGUGCAACGGGGUAUUGACAGAAGAGACUGAAAUAAUCAUGCCAACCCCCAAGCCUGAGCUGUGGGCAGAGACAAACUUCCCUCUGGCCCCGUGGAAGAACUUAACCCUGUGGUGCAGAAGCCCCUCUGGCUCUACGAAGGAGUUUGUGUUGCUGAAGGACGGGACGGGGUGGAUCGCAACUCGCCCAGCCUCAGAGCAGGUCCGGGCUGCCUUCCCCCUUGGUGCCCUGAGCCAGAGUCACACAGGGAGCUACCACUGUCAUUCAUGGGAGGAGAUGGCUGUUUCGGAGCCCAGUGAAGCACUUGAGCUGGUGGGGACAGACAUCCUUCCCAAACCUGUCAUUUCGGCUUCUCCCCCAGUCUGGGGCCAGGAACUGCAAAUCCGGUGCAAAGGAUGGCUGGCAGGCAUGGAGUUUGCGCUGUACAAGGAGGGAGAGCAGGAACCUGUCCAGCAACUUGGUGCCGUUGGAAGAGAAGCCUUCUUUACAAUCCGAAGAAUGGAGGAUAAGGACGAAGGCAAUUACAGCUGCCGCACACACACGGCCACGCUCCCCUUCAAGUGGUCUGAGCCCAGCGAGCCCCUAGAGCUUGUCAUAAAAGAAAUGUACCCGAAGCCCUUCUUCAAGACAUGGGCCAGCCCUGUGGUCCCCCUGGGUGGUCGAGUGACUUUCAAUUGCUCCACCCCACACCAGCACAUGAGCUUUAUUCUGUACAAAGAUGGCAAUGAAAUAGCGUCCAGUGACCGCUCUUGGGAAAAUCCAGGGGCCAAUGCAGCUUACUUUCUCAUCAUUUCAGUGGGCAUUGGUGAUGGAGGGAACUACAGCUGCCGCUAUUAUGACUUUGAUAUCUGGUCUGAGCCCAGCAACACUGUGGAACUUGUGGUGACAGAAUUCUUCCCCAAACCCACUCUCCUGGCCCAGCCAGGUCCUGUGGUGCUUCCUGGGGAGAACGUGACCCUGCGCUGCCAAGGGACUUUGAAGGACAUGAGGUUUGCCCUCUUUCAGGAGGGAACUCAGGUUCCCUUACAGUUCCAGAGUGCUUCAGGGAACUCUGCUGACUUCCUCCUCCACACUGUCAGAGAAAAGGACUCUGGGAACUACAGCUGCAUCUACUAUGAGACAACCAUGUCAAACCGGGGCUCAUAUUUCAGUAUGCCUCUCAUGAUCUGGGUGACUGACACAUUUCCCAAGCCAUGGCUGUUUGCUGAGCCCAGUUCUGUGGUCCCCAUGGGGCAGAAUGUUACUCUCUGGUGCCAGGGGCCAGUCCAUGGAGUAGGGUACAUUUUGCACAAGGAAGGAGAAGCCAUUUCAAAGCAGCUCUGGGGGUCCGCUAGUAAUGAUGGGGCAUUCCCCAUCACCAGCAUAACUGGUGCCAGCACAGGGCAUUACAGCUGUUGCUACCACCCUGACUGGACCAGCCCUGUAAAGAUACAGCCCAGCAACACCUUGGAACUCAUAGUCACAGGCUUACUCCCCAAACCCAGCUUGUUAGCCCAGCCUGGCCCCAUGGUGGCCCCUGGAGAAAAUAUGACUCUUCAGUGUCAAGGGGAACUGCCAGACUCAACUUACGUCCUGUUGAAGGAAGGGACUCGAGCACCCUUAGAGCACCAGAGGCCAAGCGGGUACAGGGCAGACUUCUGGAUGCCAGUGGUGAGAGGUGAAGAUUCUGGCAUCUAUAGCUGUGUUUAUUAUCUGGACUCUGCUCCCUUUUCAGCUUCAAAUCACAGUGACUCGCUGGAGAUCUGGGUGACUGAUAAGCCCCCUAAACCCUCUCUGUCAGCCUGGCCCAACACCGUGUUCAAGCUGGGGAAGGACAUCACCCUUCAGUGUAGAGGACCCCUGCCCGGUGUGGAAUUUGUCCUAGAACAUGAUGGAGAGGAAGCACCUCAGCUGUUCUCAGAGGAUGGGGACUUUGUCAUUAACAAUGUAGAAGGAAAAGGCAUAGGAAACUACAGCUGCAGCUACCGCCUCCAGGCUUCCCCUGAUAUCUGGUCAGAGCCUAGUGAUCCCCUGGAGCUUGUGGGAGCAGCAGGGCCUGCUGCUCAAGAGUGCACUGUGGGUAACAUUGUUAGAAGUACCCUGAUCGUGGUGGUUGUGGUAGCCUUGGGGGUGGUGCUAGCCAUAGAGUGGAAGAAGUGGCCUCGACUCCGAACCAGGGGCUCAGACACAGAUGGCAGAGACCAGACCAUAGUGCUUGAAGAGUGUAACCAAGAAGGAGAACCAGGGACCACCACAAACUCUCCCUCAUCAACCUCCCAGGGGAUCUCAAUGGAAAUAACAGUCCCAGUGUAAUAAUCUUCUUUUCCAGAGUGUUCUUCUCCUCUCUUUUACCCUCAGAGACCCAGAAAUCCGAUUGGUCACCCUGUGAGUCAGCCCCAUCGACUGCUCCUUGGCCUCUGAUAACCUGAGUGGAGUAAAGGGGAUUCUGGGAGUUUCAAGCUCCACCAGGGCAAGAUGUUUCCUGAAGCAAAGUUCCCCACCCCCAUAACUCCUCACUGUACUGAUUUCCUGGCGCAUGAAAUUAUAUUAAAAUAUAUUCUUCUGAAUAAAGAAACUAUUCACUAUUUAACUGCAAAAA